CUGUAUCGGGGAGUGAUCGGAGUGCAGAGGCAUGUGUUUUCGCACGGUUUUAGCAUUCACUGUUUCGAAUAACUUACUGGCGUAUUUCGUUCCUAAUUUAUUAAUUAAUUCAUCGUCGUUUUAAAAAAUGAAACGCAAAUCAGAAGACGGUAACAAACCUGCGUUUGUAAAGCGAAAAACCGAACUUGUGUUUGAUCCAAACAAGCGACAAGAAUUCCUGUCCGGCUUCCACAAGCGAAAAGUUCACAGGAAAAAACUAGCGCAGGGCGAUCUUCAACGCAAGCUCAAAGAGGAAGUUCGUCGCAUCCGGCACGAAGCGAAAGGCAACGUUAAAAAAUUGUACCAUUCUUACAAACCAAUACCGGAAUUAAGCGCUGCAGAUCGCGAGGAAGACGAAUACGAUACCGAAAAUGUCACUGUCAAGGUCAUCGAGCUGUCCACCACAGACCUGGCCAAGGAAAAUAACUGGAUCGGGGAAAAUCGAGCAGCGGUGCGUGACGAGGAAGACGAUGAAGAUGACCCAGAAGAGGAUGAAACCUCCGACGAAGAAGAUAUUGAUACGAUCCCUGGUAUGGAACUUGAUGGAGAGAAGAGAAAUAAAAAGAACAAGGAAUCUUCUAAUGAAAAUGAGGAAGAACACGAGGAGGAAAUGCAAGUCCCAAGCAAUAGCAGUGGAAAGCAGAAACCUCGCGGACCGAUUCUUAAUCUCGAAGGGGUGAGUUCUAAGAAGGAGCUGAACAGGAAGCUGAAACGUCAUGCGCAGAAGUCGAUGCAGAAAAGCAAAGCCUAUCAAAGGACGGUUCGCGUGCAGCAGCAGAAGCAGUUGAAGAAUUCCCGUAGGGUGCGCCAUUUCAAGACAAAACAUUUGAAACGGAAGGGAAAGUUGCAGGACGGUGUCAAACAGAGUAAAGGCAAAAAACGUAGAGAACGGGAUUAGUUUUAGGUAUAUUAUUUGGAAAAUGAUUAAAAAAAAUGGCAUAAUAAAUUUUGUUUUAUAAGAGCUUCAUUUUAAACCUUA